UGUAAAUAACCCGCAGAAUGCCCGCCGCCCCCACCGCCCGCUGACCCCGCCUCCGCCUCCGCCUCCGGCGACCCCGAUCCCCGCUGGCGCCGGGGGAAAUGGCGGCGUGGUGCUCCGGCGAGUCCACCAAGCCGGUCUUCGUCGGGAUCUACGGCGCCGUGCUCGGCGGCUUCGCCGUCUCCGCGCUCUUCUUCCUGCUCUCCUCCUUCUCCUCCCUCUCCGUGCCCCCGCUCCCGCUCCCGCUCCCCCUCCCCACCACCCCCGCCGCCGCGGCCAACCUCUCCCGGCCCGCUCCCGCGCGGCCGGAGACCAUGUACAGCCGCCCCAUCUGGAAGCCCCCGCCCCGGGGGUCCCGGAUGCCCUCGCCGCGCGCGUUCCGGCUCACCCGCGACAUGGUCGCCGCCCGCGCCCGCGGCGGCGUCAUCGUCGUCACCUUCGGCAACUACGCCUUCCUCGACUUCAUCCUCACCUGGGUGCGCCACCUCACCGGCCUCGGCGUCGACAACCUCCUCGUCGGCGCCAUGGACACCAAGCUGCUGCGGGAGCUCUACCUCCGGGGCGUGCCCGUCUUCGACAUGGGCAGCAGGAUGGCCACCGAGGACGCCGGGUGGGGCUCCCCCACGUUCCACAAGAUGGGCAGGGAGAAGGUGCUGCUCAUCAACGCGCUCCUGCCCUUCGGGUACGAGCUGCUCAUGUGCGACACGGACAUGGUGUGGCUCAAGAACCCAUUGCCCUACCUCGCCCGAUACCCCGACGCGGAUCUCCUCACGUCCAGCGAUCAGGUCAUACCCACCGUCACCGACGACAGCCUGGAGAACUGGAGGGAAGUUACUGGUGCAUUCAAUAUUGGUAUUUUCCAUUGGCGACCCACUGAACCUUCUAAAAGGCUGGCAAAGGAUUGGAAAGACUUAGUCCUAUCUGAUGAUAAGUUGUGGGACCAGAAUGCUUUUAACGAUCUUGUACACAAAGUUUUUGGACAACCAGUUGAAGGACAAGGUGAUCUGGUAUAUUCAUAUGAUGGGAAGCUGAAGUUGGGAGUACUACCGGCAAGUAUAUUUUGCAGCGGCCACACGUAUUUUGUGCAGGGCAUGUAUAAGCAGCUUCAUUUGGAACCGUAUGGAGUUCAUACUACUUUUCAGUAUGCGGGUACUGAAGGAAAGCGCCAUAGAUUGCGAGAGGCAAUGCUUUUCUUUGAUCAACCAUCAUAUUAUGACUCUCCAGGAGGUUUUCUGUCAUUUAAACCUAACAUUCCAAAAAGUUUGCUAUUAGAUGGCGCUCAUACUGUUGAAUCCCAUUUUGCAUUGGUCAAUUAUCAGCUGAAACAAAUAAGAACUGCACUUGCAAUCGCAUCUUUGUUAAAACGGACACUGGUAAUGCCUCCAUUAUGGUGCAGGCUUGAUAGAAUGUGGUUUGGACAUCCUGGAGUUAUGGAAGGAACAAUGACCAGACAACCUUUUCUCUGCCCAAUGGAUCAUGUGUUUGAGGUGCAUGUUAUGCUGAAGGACUUGCCCAAGGAAGAGUUUGGUCCACAUAUUGAUUUCAGAGAGUACUCCUUCCUUGAGAAUCCAUCAUUACCUAGAGAGGUGAAAGAAUCGUUGCUUGAGGUUCAACUCUGUGAUGAUCAUAGCUCCAGAUGCUCUGCAGUUAAUAGAACUGAUGAGCACAAACCCCUUCUUAUACCAAGAAAUAGCACUGAAGAAAAGCUGCUGAAUAUCUUCUCGUCAUAUAAGAGUGUUAAAAUCAUACAAUUCCCAUCUAUGGUUGAUGCCUUCGGCGGUUUUGCUGAUGCAGUUGUGGAGACAAAGUUCCGGAAUCGUGUGAAAAGGUAUGUGGGCCUAUGGUGCUGUGCAGAGUUCCGCGAAAUUGGCCACAUAUAUUAUGACAUGUACUGGGACGAGAAACCAGGGUGGAAGCCACACCCUCCAGAGACAAGAGAACAGGACCAUCCACCUUGGUCAUGACAACUGACAACAAGAUGCAAGAAAGAUACUAAUGAUGAUCUGAGGUCGUGUAACCAGAGGAAGAUAAAUUGCUAAACAGGUUUACUUGGGAGCAGCCUGCUCCUUUAUAAUGGUGGUCUAAUCUUGACCCUUCAGGCCAAUUUCAUGCUUUUGAAGCAAAGAAAUGGAUCGGCAUUGUAGUUCUGUUCCUCGGAAGAGUGAUUAACCUUGUCGACAAGUGGUGGCCCCUUGUUUCUAAGAUCCUCAGGUGAAGCAUGAGCCCCUAAUGAUUUAGAUUGAGGCAACAUUUGGCUCACAGCUUAGUUAUUUUUUCCUUUUAUUUUUGCAUUCAUGUUCAUAGAAUCAUGGCUGAUACAACCAGCUCCAAAGGAGAAGAGGGCAUUGUUUUUAACUGUAGAGCGAAGCUUGGCUGUCGCUGGUAUUACAGGAGACUCUGUAGCUAGUUAUCUUGCUGAUACACAGCAUUGUUCAUAUCUGUUGUGCAAAACUUGGCAAUUCCGUUAAGAAAGUUUCCAAGCAGCUAUCUGCUUUUUUUUUUU